AUGUCCCAGGCCCUCCAAGCCGGGCCCCCAGCUCAGCCAGAAAAGACGGGUGGCAAGGAGGUGGUCUCAUGCCUGCUGGUUCAACACAGGGAGCAGCAGGCCUGCGACCUGGCCCUGAAGACCUGGAAGAAGAAGGGCCUGAGCAAGCCGUGUGGCCCAGCCCAGAAAGAGGCAGCCGUGGAGUCAGGAAUCAAAGGGAACUACCAGAACCAAAAGAGAGAGAGGCUCUGCCCCACACAGUCAUGGAAACAUGAGGAUUUGCACCGAAGAUUCACACAACUGCUACUUCUACACAGAUCUCAACCCAGAGGCUAUGACUUCCUGCUCAGGAGAAGAAGGAAUCAAGAGGUGGUAGAUGAACAAGACCAUUUGAUUGAGGUCGGAGACUUAUUUGGCCCAGGCCUGGGUACCCAGGAGGAGCCUCCCACUGUCAUACUACAUGGAGUUGCUGGAAUCGGGAAGUCAACCCUGGCCAGGCAGGUGAGGAGAGCCUGGGAGGAAGGCCAGCUGUACAGGGCCAAGUUCCAGCAUGUCUUCUACUUCAAUUGCAGAGAGCUGGCCCAGUUCAAGACAAUGAGUCUCGCUGAGCUCAUCACAAAAGACUGGGCUGCCCUUGAGGCUCCCAUCGGACAAAUCCUGUCCCAGCAGGAGAAGCUGCUCUUCAUUCUUGAUAACUUAGAUGAACCCAAAUGGGACUUGAAGGAGCAGAGUUCUGAGUUCUGCCUGCACUGGAGCCAGCAGCAGCAGGUGCACACGCUGCUGGGCAGUUUGCUGAAGAAAACCUUACUUCCCAAGGCUGCCCUGCUGAUCACAGCUCGGAUCACAGCUCUGCAGAGGCUCAAUCCUCCGUUAGAGCAGCCACGUUGGGUGGAGGUCCUGGGCUUCUCCGAGUCAGCCAGGAAAGAAUAUUUCUACAAAUAUUUCACGGAUGAAAGCCAAGCGAUUAGAGCCUUUCGCUUGGUUGAAUCAAACAUGGCACUUUUGACCAUGUGUCUCAUGCCUUUGAUGUCCUGGCUGGUCUGUACUUGCCUGAAGCAGCAGAUGGAGAGGGGGCAACAAAUCUCACUGACCUCCAAGACUGCCACAGACCUCUGUUUGCACUACUUCUUCCACGUUCUCCCAACUCAGACCCUGGGAACUAAGCUGAGGGGCUUCUGUUCUCUCGCUGCUGAAGGCACCUAUCAAGGAAAGACCCUGUUCAGCCCAGAGGACCUCAGGAAACACGGGCUGGGAGGAGCCACCAUCUCCGUGCUCUUAAACAUGGGUGUUCUUCAAAAGCACCCCACCCCUCUGAGCUACAGCUUCCUUCACCUGUGUUUCCAGGAGUUUUUUGCAGCCAUAUCUUAUGCUAUAGGCAAUAGGGUGGUGAAAAGUGAUUGCUUUCCUAACGUCAAAAUUAUGAGAGACCUGACAGAAGUAUAUGACAGACACAGCCUGUUCAGGGAACCCACCACAUGUUUCCUGUUUGGUCUUUUGAGUGAGAAGAGGAUGAGAAAGAUGGAGAGCAUCUUCAAAUGCAGUCUGCUGCGGAACAGGCCCUCCUCCCUGCUGCCGUUGGUCAAGAGAGAGGUUGAGCGCCAACAACCAAACCUAGAGCCCUAUUGUUGGCACGUGCUCCAUUGUUUUUAUGAGAAUCAGGACAAAGACUUUUUGGCAGAAGCGUUGUCCGCUCUCUGUAAAAUCAGGAUAUGUGUCCAAACAGUCAUGGAGCUCCUGCUGUUCACUUUCUGCUUUGAAUUCUGCCGCCCUGUGAAAAGGCUUCGACUGAAUAAGGGGGGAUGGCACAGACCAACGAGGAUGAGCGCCAGUGCGGUUCUGUCCAGCUGGGGCCCGUUCACAGCUGCCUGGUGGCAGAUCUUCUUCUCCAUUUUCAAAGUCUCCGAAAGCCUGCAGGAGCUGGACCUGAGCGGAAACGUCCUAAGCUGUGCUGCAGUACGGAGUCUUUGUGCAGCUCUGAAGGGGCCUCGCUGCUGCCUGCAAGCACUGAGGUUGGCCGGCUGCGGCCUCACAGCACAAGGCUGCCAGGACCUUGCCCGUGUGCUGAACACCAGCUGGAGGCUGAAAGAGCUGGACCUGAGCUUCAACAUGCUCCUGGACACCGGAGCCCAGGACCUUUUCCAAAAGCUGAGACGUUACUGCUGUAUGCUGCAGCAAUUGCUGCUGGUCAACUGUGGCCUCACCUCUGGCUGCUGCAAGGACCUGGCCUCCAUGCUCAGUAACAACUUUAUGCUGACAAAGCUGGACUUGCAGCAGAAUGACCUGGGUGACCUCGGUGUGAAGCUGCUCUGUGAAGUGCUCAGGCAGUCUAACUGCCAACUCAGGCACCUUGGGCUGGACCAGGCUCAGCUGAGUGACGAGGUGGCAGAGAUGCUGAGGGCCCUGACGCAGGAGAAGCCUGAGCUGAUCCUCACUGGCAGUGGGAAGUCAAGUCUGAUGAUCACUAAGGAGGCCCCAGGUGGAGGACAGAUGGAUGAGGACACGUCCCCACUCAAAUGGCAAGAACCAGAAUCAGAGAGCUGCCCUCAAGUAGCACAGGUGGGACCCUUCUGUCCGUCUUCUUCUGAACAUCUGGGGAACGCACCGGUGGAGCCUCUAGGGACCAAUGAUGACUUCUGGGGCCCCACGGGGCCUGUGGCUAUAGAGGUGGUUGACAAAGACAAGAGUCUGUACCGAGUUCACUUCCCCAUGGCUGGCUCCUACCACUGGCCCAGCACAGGUCUCCACUUUGUGGUGAGAUGGCUGGUGACCACUGAGAUUGAAUUCUGUGCUUGGGAUCGGUUCCUGGACCAGAUGGUCCCACCGCACAGUUGGAUGGUUGCAGGGCCUCUUUUUGACAUCAAGGCUGAACCAGGAGCUGUGGCCGCUGUGUACCUCCCUCACUUUGUGGCCUUCCAGGAGGGACAUGUGGACAUCUCCUGUUUCCAAGUGGCCCACUUUAAAGAGGAUGGGAUACUUCUGGAGAAGCCAGCCAAGGUGGAGCCCCAUUACACUGUCCUAGAGAACCCCAGCUUCUCCCCCAUGGGGGUUCUACUGAGAAAGAUCCAUGCUUCCCUGGGCAUUCCUGUCAUCUGCAAUGUGUUGCUCUACCAUCGCCUCCAUCCCGAGGAAGUCAACUUCCACCUCUACCUAAUCCCCAGCGACUGCACCGUUGAGAAGGCGAUCAAUGAUGAAAAAACUAAGUUCCAGUUUGUGCGAAUACCCAAGCCACCCCCGCUGACCCCGCUCCACAUAGGCUCCCAAUAUAUUGUGUCUGGUCCACAGGAAAUGGAAAUAAUCCCUGAGGAACUGGAGCUCUGCUAUCGCAGCUCUGGGAAACCCCAGCUCUUCUGUGAGUUCUACAUUGGCCCUUUGGGGUCAGGGAUCAGGCUGCAAAUUAGAAACAAAAAAGAUGAGACUCUGGUAUGGGAGGCUUUGGUGAAAUCAGGAGACCUCAGACCUGCAGCUACCCUGGUCUCUCAAGCCCUGAUAGGCUCGCCUUCAUCCCCAGAGGCUCCAACCUUGCUGCACUUUGUGGACCAACAUCGGGAGCAGCUGGUGGCUCGAGUGACGUCAGUGGACCCAAUCCUGGACAAGCUGCAUGGGCAGGUGCUGAGCGAGGAGCAAUAUGAGAGGGUGCGGGCUGAGCCCACCAAUCCGGACAAGAUGAGGAAGCUGUUCAGCUUCAGCAAGUCCUGGGCCUGGGCCUGCAAAGAUCAACUCUACCAAGCCCUGAAGGAGACCCAUCCUCACCUAAUUGUGGAAAUCUGGGAGAAGUGCAGAGGUGGACACGCCAGGGGAGCUACGGGCAAGCUCGCCAGCUGAAGUCUGGACACCUGCUUCUGAGUCCUGGCUCUGACUGUCCAGUCGUUGGGUCUCAGUUUCUUUAUGUCUAAACAUACUGCCAUCGCCCAGCUAAGUGGCUCAGUUAGUUGAGCAUUGUUCU